CACAGGUGUGAAGCGGCAGGAUGAUCCCGCUGGGGGAGUUUAAAAGCCUCGGCUCCGACCACAGCUCCCAGUUUCGGGUCCUGAAGCCCUGGUGGGACGUCUUCUCCGAGUACCUGUGCAUCGCCAUGCUCAUGAUCGGAGUGUUUGGAUGCACCUUACAGCUCACCCAAGAGAAGAUUGCGUGUCUGCCCAGCCACGUCACCAGCCCAACGCCAGAGGCCAUCGACUGCAGCCACAUCCGCAACUACAGGGACAACGAAACAUCUCAGAGCGCCUCGGACAAGCCUGAAAGCCCCGUCAUCCAGGAGGUGUUUGGUCGCAAGAACAACCUGGACAUUCACCAGUACGUGUUCGUCAACCACUACUGCUAUGAGAGGGCUGUGCACUGGUACGCCAAGUACUUCCCAUACCUUGUUGUGAUCCACACCAUGAUCUUCAUGGUGGCGAGCAGCUUCUGGUUCAAAUUCCCUGGAACGUCCUCCAAAAUCGACCUGUUUGUCUCCAUUCUUACCAAGUGCUUUGACUCGCCCUGGACAACGAGGGCCUUGAACGAGGUUUCAGAGGAAAGAGGAGAGGAGAAGCUGGUGAUCUUGAGGAGAAACACCUUGUCUAAGGAUUUUGUAGAACGGCGAGCAGACGAGGAGGAGACUGUAGGGCUCCUACGCUCCCCCUCGGUCAAGUCUAAUCCAGAAAAGAAAAGUCCCGAGCCUCAGACGACUCUCUCUGUGCUGGACAAGAAGGAGGGGGAGCAGGCCAAAGCUCUUUUUGAAAAGGUGAAGAAGUUUCGGACUCACGUAGAGGAGGCUGACAUCUUGUAUCUCAUGUAUGUGCUGCAAACGUCGCUAAAAGUUCUCAAGUUCCUGCUUAUCAUUGUUUACACCGCGGUGCUGGCUCAGAACAUUGAAAUAGUCGUACGCUGCCACGUUCCUCCUGAGCUGACUGGCUUUCAUAUUUAUUGUUGUAACCACAACAAAGCCCACUUGUUCUCCAAGCUUGCCUACUGCUACAUCUGCUUUGUGGGAGUGUAUGGAGUCAUGUGCAUCUACACCCUCUACUGGGUGUUCCACCGACCUCUGAAGGAGUACUCCUUUGAGCACGUACGUCUGGAGACGGGAAUCAAAGACAUACCAGAUAUGAAGAAUGAUUUUGCAUUCCUCCUGCACCUUGUGGACCAGUAUGAUCCUCUGUAUUCUAAAAGGUUUGCCGUGUUUCUUUCUGAAGUCAGCGAGAGCCGCCUCCAUCAACUCAACCUUAACUAUGAGUGGACCCCUAAAAAACUGCGUGCCCGUCUCACCAAGAACUGCAGGAAUCUGCUGGAGCUCCAUCUUUUAAUGUUGCCGGGGCUUCCUGACACGGUUUUUGAGCUUCCCGAACUGGAAUCGCUCAAACUGGAGCAAGUGAACAAUGUUACCAUUCCAGCUGGGGUGGCAAAGCUGGACUCUCUGCAGGAGUUGUCGCUGAUCUACUCUCCUGCGAAGCUUCAACUGUCCGCCCUGAACCACCUCAAGGAGCAGUUAAAGGUUUUACGUCUGACGUUUGAGAAUCCAGAGGAGAUUCCUGUGUGGAUGUAUACCCUUCAUGGUCUCGAGGAGUUAUACCUCAGUGGUCCUUUAACCAGUGAGGUAUCCAAGGGUGCUACUCUGGAAUCCCUGCGAGACCUCCGAUCCCUGAGUCUCCUCUCCCUCCGAUCCAGCCUCAGAAAGAUCCCACCCACUGUGGCGGAUCUCGCGUCCCAGCUGCAACGUUUGAGCAUUCACAAUGAAGGGGUCAAGCUCCAAGUGUUCAGCAGCCUGAAGAAGUUAACGGCUCUAGUUUCACUGGAGUUAUCUGGGUGUGACCUUGAACGCAUCCCUAGCGCCGUCUUCAGCCUGAACAAUCUGCAGGAGUUGGACCUGAAGGAGAACAAACUCACGACCGUGGAAGAGAUUCUGAGCCUGCAGCACUGCCGGCGUUUGGUGACGCUUCGACUGUGGCACAAUAAAAUCACCUACAUCCCCGACCACAUCAGUAAGUUGUCCACACUGGAGACGCUCGACAUCAGCUGGAACAAGCUUCGGAAACUUCCGUCACGGCUCUUCUACUGCACCAAACUCAGGCACCUCGACGCCUCCCACAACCAGCUCACUUCUCUUCCUCCUGAAGUGAGCGUCCUGCAGGGUCUUCAGUACUUUUCUGCCGCCUUCAACUCCUUGGAGUCGCUGCCGGAGGAACUGUUCUCCUGUAAAAGACUCAGGACGCUAGUUCUUGGGAACAACUGCCUGCCGUCUCUUAGCUCGAGAGUGUCCAACUUGGCCCAGCUGGUGCGACUGGAUAUCAAAGGGAACCGCUUGGAGUCUCUUCCAGUGGAGAUAGGGGACUGUCCUCUGCUGAGACGCAGCGGGCUGAUGGUGGAGGACGGUCUGUAUGACCUUCUGCCAUCAGAGGUACGCAACAAAAUGAACCAAGGUAAAGACUGAAGACGUUUUUUAUGAAGAGUUGUCGUUGGAUAAAAUGUCAAACCCACUACUGAUCAAAAACUGA